AUGAAAAAUGCUCCAAAGACAGUACUAAACCACGUCCGCUAUGUUGGAGGUGGUGCUGGUUUCAGCAUUCCUUCUUCUGGAACUGCAGCAAAACCCCAAGGCGGGAAUACUGGAGGAAUUGGACUUGGUAAAUUUGGAGGAGGGAAUAAAGUAGGGUUGGGAGCAUUACAAGAAAGAAAUCGUCUAUUUGGAGAGGGAGGAGAGGAAGAAACUGGAGGAGGAGGAGAAGUUCGAGGAAGGAUGGGAAGUACUAUCAGUGGAGAAACACAGCUAAUCAAGUCUCAUGUACCUUCAUACAACCCUCAAUCCCCAUCGAAUCUUGGUAACAACAAUUUUAUCACAACAACGUCACACAACACACAAAAUAAAGCGGGACCUUAUGAUGAUGAGACUAAUUCGUUUCGCUCUUCAAAGCUUAAAGAUCAAGUGGUAAUUGGAAAUAAUUUUUUUAUUCAAUUCUUAAAUGCUAAAAAAAUUCAAAUUUUCUUAAAAAAUCCAGAAACAUUUUUAAAUUAUUUAAAAAAACAGAUACCUCAACAUCACGACGAUAUACCUCCAGCAAUUAAAGGACAUUUCAAACAACAUCAAACACUCAGCAAUAAACCCUCCCAUAUGAACCUCUUUUCCGACUUGGCAGAAACAAAAUUUGGAUCUGAACGUUUAGGAGAGGAAGGAGGAGGAACAAACAAAUUAUCUCGUCCAUUACACCCAACACUUUUAAGAAAUAAAUUUCCAAAUAAUCAACACAAACAUUCAUUUCCUCAUUCAUUACCCCAUGUUGGGCAUUCAUUAGUGCCUGUAGCAGCAGCACAAAGCAUUAUUGUUGUGAAUAAAAAAAGUGGGUUGCCAGACAGGAGUACGGCGAAGUGUGGACGUAAAUGUAACCCUGAGCAGUUGCCUCCAAGUGAGGCACAACGUCUCGCACGUAUGCGACAUCUGAGAACAAGAAGUCAACCAUAUCUCUAUGCCUAUAUGAAUCCCCCAGCUAACGAAGUAGCAAAGGCUAAUGCAAAAAUAAAAAGAAGGGAUUCAAGGUCAACAAAACCCUCAAGACAUCAAAUAAAUAUUAAAAAACUAACAAAGGAAAAUGAAAUUGGGGAAGGCUAUGACACUCUAAAAUUAAAGAGAAGCAAUGCAAUGUCCCUACAAAAACGUACCAGAGCAAGCCCAAUACGUCGAGUGCUUGGUAAAAAGCAAAGAAUGGUACCUCUACAUUCUGGAGGUUAUGACGGUGAUGUACCCAAAGUCAGAAUAAGAGUAGAUGAUAAUACAAGUGUUGGUAAAAAUCAUAAAAAAAAUAUUCGGCUAACAAAUAAGGAAAGAAUGAGAAAAUAUGUGAAGAAGAAGAAAAUGUUAAAUUAUACUAGCUUUUAUUAA